GGAUCUUAAAUGAUUACAAGGAGUCGAAAACCGAAAACAACUUAAUUAAAUGAAUCUCAGUGCCAUGUGGACACCAGUAUUUAAAAUAUGAGGUCUAGCAGGUUUAAGCCCCGCCCCUUUUCUGACACACCUAGAAAAAUCCCAAGGCUGUGAACUCUACACGUAUAGACUUCAUCCGGAAUAUUUUGGAUGCAAGAACUGACGAUGUUUAUUCUCUGGUGGUCAUCUAUGUAGGUAAAGACAGAAAGCUUGUUAAAUUGUUUAUGAUAAACGAGACGUUAAAUGUCAGGUUUCCACAGAUGAAUCAGCAGGACAAACAGGUUUAAGACCCACCCUUAAAACAGCCCAGCUGGAUUCAAACAGGAAGCACUUUGUGACCAGAGUGACACACCGUCAGAUUCCUCUGAGCGACUCCAAACGCAAGAGAGAGAGAAAACAAUGGAAAACUCUGACUUUUCUGCUCCGAGCUGCUCAAACUCCACACACUGACGCUUCGGUCGAAGAGUAAAUGGCUUACAGAUCAAAGGAGGCUCUGUGCAGUCUGCACUCUGAGAAACUCAAACUCUUCUGUCUGGACCAUGAGCAGCCACUGUGUCACAUCUGCAGAGACUCGGCGAGGCACGUCAACCACAGGAUCAGGCCCAUCGAGGAAGCGGCGCAGAGGAAACGGCGGGAACUGCAGGAAAAUCUGGAACCCAUAAAGAAGAGACUGAGGCUCGGGAAGAAAGCUAAAGACGAGUUUGAUCGGACGGCAGAACAUAUUAAGUUCCAGGCCAGGCACACGGAGAGGCGGAUUAAGGAGCAGUUCAAGAAGCUUCGGCGGUUUCUAGCAGAGGAAGAGGAGGACAGGCUGGCAGCACUGAGGGAGGAAGAGGAGCAGAAGAGUGAAAUGAUGAAGAGGAAGAUAGAGAGACUGAGCAGGGAGAUGGCAGCACUUUCAGACAUAAUCAGAGAGACAGAAGAGGAGCUGGGAGCAGAAGACAUCCCUUUCCUUUACAGCUAUAGGGCAGCAGCGGACAGAGUGGAGCGCUGCCCCCUGCUGGAGGUUCCACAGCUGCCCUCAGGCGCCCUGAUAGACCAGGCCAAACACCGGGGCAACCUGGCCUUCAGCAUCUGGAGCAGCAUGAGGGACGUCGUCUCCUACACGCCUCUCGUCCUGGACCCAAACACUGCUGAUGUAGAUGUCAAACUGUCUAAGGACUUGACCGGCCUGAGGCUGGAAGAGAAGCAGGACCUCCCUGACAACCCGGAGAGGUUCGACGGCUGGUCGUCCGUCCUCAGUUCCAAGGCCUUCGACUCGGGGAGUCACAGCUGGGACGUCGACGUUGGAGACAGCUCGUUCUGGUCCCUCGGUGUGUUAGCGGAGUCGGUUCAGAGGAAAGGAGAGACCCGGUCCGGACUUUUCGUAAUAGGGUUCUUUGAAGGCGAAUACAAAGCACGGUCGCCAGCAGCUCCUCCCACUGCGCUCCCAGUACAGAAGACGCUCUGCAGGAUAAGAGUGAAUCUGGACUGGGACAAAGGCAGGCUGUCGUUCUCUGAUCUGGACACUAACACACACGUGCACACUUUUACGCACACUUUCACCGAGAGGAUGUUUCCGUUCUUCAUCUCGACUGAAAUGAGAAUCCUACCGAAGAAGAUUUCUGUCAUAAAGCAGCAACUCUACUGAAGGUCACAAAAUAUAAAGAUAAAGCCUUGGUAACAAAACUGAGAACAGGCGAAACAUGUAUCAGUGGAGAUACGUUUUACAUACAGACGAAAUUAACGGUACAUCUCUGUUGAAGACCAUGAAGAUGGUCACUGAAAUAACUCUACACUGACAAAAGUAGUAAUUUACUGAAAAUCAAUUAAUUAAAAUCAGACACCAUAUUACAAAAAAAUCACUAAUGAAACAGGCUUGAAGAAAAAUUAUGCUGCUUGUUACUUAACAUAUUGUUGCACAACCUUUUGAGGCACCUGUCCACAGACAUGUUGACCCACUCCCUCUGCUCCAGUUGUCUCAGAUGUUCAGUAGGAUUUCCAUCAGGUCUCAUAAAAGGCCAAUUCAGAAUAAUUCAAUGUUUUGAUGUUCUUGAGUGUUUUUAGCCGUAUAUUUUGGGUCAUUAUCCCGUUGGAAGACCCCCUGACCUGAGACUGAGACCAAGCUCUCCACUCAGCAGCACACUUCUCUCCAGAGUGACUCCAGUCUUCAGAUUUCAUUGGACCCUGGACAGAUUCAAGAUGCUCUGUGCUAGACGCAGCUAAGCAGCUUCAGAUCGUCAUUACAGAAACUUUCUGGCUUGUCGAUGCGAAUCGGGGUGAAUUCCAGUAAAAAAAAAAUUAAAAUUAGCUUUCAACAGUGGCAUCCUCCUUGGUCGUCAUCCAUUAAGUCCACUUUGGAUGAAAAAAAUGACAAACUGCUUGACCUGACACAGAUGAACCUUGACCUUCAAGUUUAGCAUUACAUUAUUUGUUCUGUGCUCUUUGGUUACCGUUUGUAUUAUCCUUCUCUUCUUUGUCAUCAAUCUUCCUGCUACGACCAGGCAGGUUGGCGACAGUCCUUUAACGUCUGAAUAUGUGAAACUGCAGCAUUAAGCUGCUUUGAGACGGUUUUAUAGACGUUUACCUUUAAUAUGUCUGUCUAUAAUUUUCUUUCUAGCCUCCUGGAUCUCCCUCCUUAGGUUUCUGAGCUCCAUGUUCAGUGUGGUAGCCAACGUGUCACUACUGGUCCUCCUUAAACAAGGCAGACUGACUGACUACAAGCCUGAAGAUGCUUUCAAUGUGAAUUAGACGACUCACAUUAGUUUAACAGUCAAAUCAUUUAAAAUCUUUUCUCAA